UGCCCUGAACGAAGUGACGUGACAAAGAACGCGUUCGUUUAACGUUAUAAAAAAUAAUAAUCACAAUUCAGUAAAGAAACUUAUUAAACGAGUAAAACCAUUAAAUAUCAAUAAAUAUAGCAAUAAUACUUAAUAAUAAAGUUUAUUAAUAAACUUAUAUUUAAUUACUACAUAUUUUAGCAACACUCUAAACAAUGACGCACAACGGAUAUACAUAUAACUUAAUACUAUUAUUUGGAGUUUGUAUCGCGAGCAUCCGAGGUGACACACCAUGCGACGACAAAAUCAAGGGGACCCAGAUAGUGCCGGACCCGGACGACUGCUCUGGAUUCUACAUCUGUCUCAGCGGGCGCCAUAUCCGGUUGUCGUGCGCGGACAAGGGAGGCGCCCCUAAGGUGUACGACCCGAAGUCGCAGACCUGCGUCCUCCAAGGGUCUGAUUAUGACCACAGUAAAUGUAACUUGCAGAACAAGUGCCUACCGCGCCUGCGGAAGAGGUUCCCGCACGAGAGCAACUGCGCAGAGUACUACGAGUGCACGGGCGGCCCCGAGCCCGUGCAGCAGGAGUGUCCGUACCCGCGUCUGUACAGCCCAGAAUCGAGGGAGUGCCAACUGUACAUGUUUGUCAAGUGCGGACACCGGAAGGAGCUUAAGGAUCCGUGCGACUAUAAAAGCAACCAAUGUGACGGCAUCGGUUGCGUUCCAUGCAGGACGCGCUUUGGCACGUGCGUCGACCAACCGGACGGCCCAAACCCCUGGCAGGACAAGUUGUGGACCCCGUUCUUCGUGCUUUGCAAAGACAGCAGAGUCGUGCUACACGGCGAUUGCCGACAGGGCGGCGAGCUGCAGAUAUUCAACCCGUUAACGCGCAAGUGCACAAAAAUGCAAGACCUGUUUAGGUCGUUCGUACAGGCGCGUUAAUCUCAAGCAGGGACUCUGGAGGGGAGUUAUACGUUAUUGAUAUAAAUAUCUACAUAACUGUCUUAUAAUUGUGAUUGUAUUGAACUAUUGUGAAUAUGUGAAUUAUAAAAGUAUUCAGUAAAAGUAAAACAAUAACUAUUCAUAAUGAUUAAAGUAAAUUAUUUUUUAAUUAACAGUUAAAA